AUCAUCAAUUGGCCUUGAGGCAACUAUAAGCCAUCUGUACCCCAAUGGUCUCAGACGUGUAGUACAACACGCUUCUCGUGCCCUUACUGAGGCAGAACGUCGGUACAGCCAGAUCGAUCGAGAGGGACUAGCGAUCAUUUACGCAGUAAAAAAGUUCCACAAAAUGAUUUUUGGUAGGCAUUUUACGCUUCAGACUGAUCAUCGACCUCUACUGCAUAUAUUCGGAUCGAAAAAGGGCAUCCCAACAUUUAUUGCUAACCGUCUUCAGCGUUUCGCUCUUACUUUGCUGGCCUACGAUUUUAACAUUGAGUACGUGCGCACCGAUGAUUUCGGAAAUGCUGAUUUGCUCUCACGACUCAUUAACACGCACACCAAGCCAGACGAAGACUGUGUUAUAGCAAGCGUGAACUUGGAAGAAGACAUUAAAUCGGUGGCAAUAAGCGCGCUUGAUUCACUACCGCUGAACUUUGCUGAUCUCGCCAGAUAAACAAAACGAGACCCACUUCUGAAAAAGGUGUCAGUUUACAUCAGCGAAGGCUGGCCCAGAAACGCAGCGUUUACCGAUGAGCUUGCUCGUUUUAAUGCCAGGAAAGAUGCACUAACAACCGUAGAGAAUUGCAUUCUUUUCGGUGAGAGGGUGGUAAUCCCCAAAAAGCUGCAGCAAACUGUCUUCAGCAGGUGCAUCAGGGCCAUUCAGGAGUGCAGCGUAUGAAAGCGUUAGCUAGGAGCUUCUUUUAUUGGCCUACAAUAGAUGCUGACAUCGAGGAAUGGGUGAAGACAUAUCACCCAUGUCAAGCAGCUGCCAAAUCACCCGCACAUUCCGCUCCGGUACCAUGGCCGAGGGCAGCAGGCCCAUGGCAACGUUUACACGUCGAUUUUGCGGGCCCACUAGACGGUGAUUAUUACUUAAUUGUCGUAGAUUCGUUUUCUAAAUGGCCCGAAAUAAUCCGUACCAGUAACGUUACAGCGAAAGCUACUAUAGCCAUGUUACGCUCACUUUUCGCUCGUUUUGGAAUCCCGAAAACGUUGGUAUCGGACAACGGUACGCAGUUCACCAGCGAGGAGUUCGGACUAUUCUGCGACCGCAAUGGCAUCGAACACAUCACAACAGCCCCCUACCAUCCGCAAUCUAACGGGCAAGCUGAAAGAUUUGUGGACACUUUCAAGCGAACAGUCAGAAAGAUAUCUGCGGAUGGUACCUCACUACAAGAAGCGCUGGAUACAUUCCUACUAGUAUAUAGAAGUUCGCCAAACCCUUCGUUAGGAAAUGCUAAGUCACCGGCGGAUUUCAUGUUGGGAAGGCAAAUGCGACCAAGUCCUGAAACCAUUAGUAUGGAAAACGAACCGAAACCAAGCAGACAGUUCCAACUCAACGAUCUAGUCUAUUUUAAACGCUUCGCAGGUAACGGAUGGAGAUGGGUAGCUGGUACAAUUGUUAAGCAAAUAGGUCAUGUCAUGUAUAUGAUUGGAACGGAUGAUCAGAAAAUGUUUAGAUCUCAUAUUAACCAGAUACGCAAGCGCUACGAGAGGCAUUAUCACGUUCCGGCUUCGGUCACCCAUCAUAAGCUGCCGAUAGAUGUUUUGUUGGAUACCUGUCAGCUAACACCGCAACCAUCUACUGGCACGUCCCGCAUACCACCACAGCCAGUCGACCCCGAGCAUGUGGACAUCUCUGUGUCCCCUCAUCAGCCGUCAUCCGAGACCAACGGUCCUUAUGUUCCCGCUACAUCGCCAGCGACAUACACACGCCCGACGACACGACCUGUUCCAUCGUGUGAUUCGGCCCAGGUGCCACGACGAUCUUCUAGAGUUAGAAAACCGCCCAGUCGGUUCGACGUGUACCGUCGGUUUUAAAAAGAGGGGGAGAUGUUAGAUGAAAGAAUGCAGCCAGCUGCUCGCGUGCUCUCUCUGCAGUAAGCCGCUCUUACCCAACCAGCAAAACCGAAGCUAUUGGAAAACUUUCCUGUGUGCCAAAGCGAGAGAGCAUGUCUUCUUUCUCUAGAUUUUGGACGGCACAACGCCGAUCGUGUGGCCUAUGAACGAAAAACGGGAGAAGGGGAAACCGAUAUCCUUCGAGUGACACACACGCAUGCAUCUGCAUGCGUAUUCCGCUGAACCGAGACUACACAUCUCUCUCGAUCUCCCAUGAUUUUUCUGCUAUCGCGCUCAUCCGGGUGUUAGGCAUCCUCAGUCUGUCCAGAACUUUCACUGUGGAAGGAUGUGUUGGAGUGAUGUGUGAUUUCUUGUGCCCCGUACUUU